AUGCGGAACGGGAAGAAGAGAGCUAGGUCCGAACCUGGAUCCACCAACCAUCCCAGGAACAAGUACUCGGACAAUCCACCGGAUUUUGCCUUGCUGGCGUCUCUUUACCCUUCGUUCAAGCCCUUUGUUUUCUUCUCCGGCGCACGAGCCCGGAUCGACUGGACCGAUUACAACGCCACCCGAGAGCUCACUCGUACCCUCCUUGUACAUGACCACGGCCUCAACUGGUGGAUUCCGGACGGGCAGCUUUGCCCAACAGUUCCCAAUAGAUCGAAUUACAUUCAUUGGAUCAAUGAUCUCUUGUCCUCUGAGCUCGUCGGUGGCCAAGGAAGCAAAGUAAAGGGCUUUGACAUAGGCACAGGGGCCAAUUGCAUUUAUCCUCUCCUCGGUGCUUCCCUCUUUGGCUGGACUUUUGUUGGCUCAGAUGUUACUGCUGUAGCUCUUGAAUGGGCAGAGAAGAAUGUUCAAAGUAAUCCCCAUAUUUCGGACCUUAUCGAGAUCAGAGACUCUAAUAUUCUUCCACACUGCUCCUUCGAGGUUGUAAAUGGCGAGAGUGACAAGUACUCUAGUCACACCAUAAUACCCGAGGAAGCCGGAUUUUCCCCCACGGUUCAGUCAGAGCAUCUUGACAAUGACAACAAGAGCUAUACGGAGCCAGCUAUACUAGUCGGUCUUGUCAAGGAAGAUGAAACGUUCGACUUCUGUAUGUCCAAUCCUCCGUUUUUUGAAACCUUUGAGGAAGCAGGCCUUAACCCUAAAACCUCAUGCGGUGGAACUCCUCAGGAGAUGGUUUGUAAUGGUGGAGAGCAAGCUUUUGUGACCCGUAUCAUCCAAGACAGCACUCUUCUCAGGCAAAGAUUCAGGUGGUACACUUCAAUGCUUGGAAAGAAAGCUAACCUCAAACUCUUGACAUCUAAGCUUUGGGAAGCAGGGGUUACAGUUGUAAAAUCCACUGAAUUUCUCCAAGGCCAAACAUCCCGUUGGGGCAUCGCUUGGUCCUUCAUGCCCACAGUUAGGAAGAUUGUAGCACCCCCUGUUGCCAAAAAGAGCGUCCUUUCUUUUAUGCUUGAGGGCAUCAAACGGCAGUAUAGUGCCAUAGAUGUGCUGCAAUCGGUUGAGGAAUUCUUCAAGAGCUUCGGCGCCUCAUGUAAAUUGAACUCUUCUGCAUUUUCUGUUGACAUUGUUACAUCCAGUGACCAGUGCAACACAAUCACAAAGAUUAGCCUUAGAGAUGUGGAUAGUGUAGGAAGCCCAGGGCCUGAAAAACAGACACCGGAUGGCUCCAGUUUGCAAGUCCCUCAAGAUGACCUAUCUUUCCGCAUCUUGGUGUUCCAGCAGAUGCCAGGAACAUUGCUUAUAAAAGGAUCAUUGCAGCAGAAAGAUAGUCCCCUCACAGGGUUGUUCUCAUUGGUUUUGGGUACGUUGGAAGAAAGUAUGAAAUCCAAAUUUUGUAGGAUAUUUAGUCUCAGAGAGCUUCUGUUUCUUGAUGAUUCUACCAUGGUGAAGCUUGGCUAUUCGCAUGAACUCGACAAAGCCCUGCGUUGCCUGGCCUUCAUACUCUUACCUUCUUUCCUUAUAGAGCUUGUGCAUAAAAGCAUAUUUUUCUCCUCAGCCGAAGUAUCAUUUCCUUUCAUAGAGUCAUCUUGUGCUGUAUUGAACUUUGUGAUGUUCUUGCUCGUCUUACUUUCAUGGGUUUACCGGACAGGAGUGUUCUUGCUCGUCUGUGUCCUGUUCCGGUUGACCUGUGAGCUGCUGAUACUGAGGUUCCGAGGGUUGCACAAGAUGUUCCAUAGGUGUGGCUCGGACACCGUAGAAGAUGUAUGUAAGGAGCACAAGAGGAUCAAGAAACAGUUGUCGGCUACAAGCCACAGGUACAGGUUCUUCAUCAUCGCGUCCUUUGUUGUGAUAAGUACCAGUCAGUUUGUGGCCUUACUAUUGGUUCUUGCCUCAAAGUCUGACAAGAGUUUCCUCAACUCUGGUGAUUUGGUGGUAUGCUCUGCAGUCCAGCUCUGUGGGUUCUUCUUGUGCUUGUUGGGUGCUGCAAGAAUCACACACAGAGCCCAAGGAGUAGUAUGCAUUGCAACGAGGUGGCACAUGACUUUGACAUGUGCUUCUGAAGCAGCCUCGACAGAGAGUGACACUGACUCAUCCGACAACGUAUACAUCAAUGUGUCGUCGUCACUGGACUUAUCUUCCUUCUUCCAGGCUAGGCAAGCUCUAGUGGAAUACCUGCGACAUAACAACAAGGGGAUUACGCUGUAUGGAUAUGCACUCGAUAGAGGAUUGCUCCAUACGCUCUUUGCAUUUGAGUUCUCUUUGGUCAUGUGGAUACUUAGCAAAGUGGUGGUUCUGUCUUAG